AUGUGGAUCAAGUGUGAUAACGUUCCUCGGCUCAUGCGCGAAGGUCUUGAAAUCAACGAGGCCCAUCUACUGAGGGAGGAAGGCUUCAUCGACGCACAACGCGGACGACCAGAGCAGGCAGCCAACCCGACGUGGCACCUAACACGCCAUAUGUACCUGCAAGAUCUCCAGCGGCCUCCGCUCUGGAUUGCGAAGCUCGAAGCCCAUUCUGACUGCAUAAAUAAAUUACGCAGUAUCAGACUGGACGACUUGUCUUUUCGGAACGUGCACUCCGCAUUUGCUUGGGGCCUGGCAGGCGAGGCUAUAUACCAAUACAAGAGAUGGAAUCUAGAUGAAGCUUUCAACGUCAUAUAUGAUGACAUGCCGAUGAAGGGCUGGUGGCCAUGGCCACGGAAGGAGCCUCCGCAUGACGAGUACCAGCCGCCUCCGCAACCCCUCGGGCAAAAGCAUGUCAUCUGGCGCUUGGGCUCGUAG